AAAGAAGAAGACUGUCGCGGAUAAAGACUGGAAGUACUCGUGAAAAAUUAGGGGAGCCUCAGUUUAUUGGGCCGUCAUCAUCACAGACAAUCAGCUGUGUUAUCGAAACGAAUUUUAGUCUCAAACUUGUGUCCCACACUAAACCAUGGGGACGGAUGAAAGGCCGAGUCGCGGUGAACGCAGUGGAAGAUACGGUCCGGAUGGGAGGAGAGACGACCCAGAAUGGUGCGAGAGACGAGAUAGAGAUGUGGAGAGAGAUUGUGAUCGACACUGGGCUGACGACAGGCAGAGAGAGCGCUUUGAUGAGCGCAGUCCAGAGAGGGGCCGUAAGCGACGCAACAGUGACAGAUCUGAUGAGGAAUAUGAGGGCGAUUAUCCAGAGCAGGACUACAAAAUGGAGCAGGAGGAGGAGAGCAAGACCAUCAUGCUAAGGGGUCUCUCUGUUCAUGUCACAGAGGAUGAUAUUCGCACAACACUCGAGCAGCUGCAGGGUCCGCAGCCUGUAGACAUACGUUUGAUGAAGAAAAGGACAGGUGUAAGCCGAGGUUUCGCCUUCGUGGAGUUUUAUCACUUGCAAGAUUCUACCCGGUGGAUGGAGACCAAUCAGAACAAGCUGGUGAUCCAGGGGAAAAGCAUUGCCGUGCACUACAGCAACAGGAAACAGAAGUUUGAAAAUUGGCUGUGCAAUGCUUGUGGUCUGUACAAUUUUCGGAAGAGGCUGAAGUGUUUCAGGUGUGGAGCAGCAAAAGUGGGGGACUCUCCUGGAGUAAAUGGUUCAAAUGUUGAGUCUCAACAGCCAGGAGAAUACUGUGGAGACACAAUUAUUUUGAGAAACAUUGCCCCACUGUCAACUGUUGAUGGGAUUUUGAACUUGCUGGCACCGUACGCCAACCUGUCUGCUAGUAACAUCCGCCUCAUUAAAGACAAACAAACAGGACAGAACCGCGGUUUUGCCUUUGUCCAGCUCUCAUCCCCCUUGGAGGCUUCUCAGCUGCUCACCAUUCUCCAGGGGCUUCAGCCUCCUCUAAAACUGGAUGGAAAAACAAUCGGUGUGGAUUAUGCCAAGAGUGCUAGGAAAGACUCAGCGCAGCCUGAUGGGAUCAGAGCAAACGCCCUGUCUGUUGCCAGCACAGCCAUAGCUGCUGCUCAGUGGUCGUCCAGUCAGUUACAGCAAAGUUCAGGUGUCACUUCUGAUUACAUCGCUCUUCCAGAGGGCUACGCACAACAGACGCAGGGCCAGAAUUAUCAGCUAUGGCCACAGCAGCCAGCAGGACUGGCUUCUGUCGUUGGCGAUGGAUUACUUGGAGCCGCACCAGGAAUGAAGACUUUGAUCCCUGCGACUGCAGGUGUGGUCCUAUCCCAGACGCCUCACGUCUACCAGCCUGUCAUCAUCAGCCAGCCUGCCGUACAGUCACAUCAACUAGUGAGGCCGCUUGUUGCAGCACAACAAGUUGCCAGUGUUUGCACCACAGCGUCAGUUGCACCAUCACCUUCCACCGUGGAAACGGUCUCUGCUGCCACGACUGCCACCACAACAACUGUUCCUGACAUCUCCACAUACCACUAUGAUGAGUCUUCAGGUUACUAUUAUGACCCACAGACGGGCCUGUACUACGAUCCCAACAGCCAAUACUAUUAUAACUCUGAGACCCAGCAGUACUUCUACUGGGACAGUGAGAAGCAAACAUACAUCCCUGCUCCAGCUGAAGCCGACACAAGCACAGAACAAGCGACUACAGCGAACGCCACAGCCAGCUCCUCAACCACAGGCGGCAAAGAGCCCAAAGAGAAAAAAGAAAAGCCCAAAAACAAAUCUGCACAGCAGAUUGCAAAGGAUAUGGAACGUUGGGCGAAGAGCUUAAAUAAACAAAAAGAAAGUUUUAAGAGCACCUUCCAAGGCUUGGGGGCUUCCAAGGACGAAGACAGGAAAGAGUCUGCAGCUGCUGAUGCAGGUUUCACCCUCUUUGAGAAGAAGCACAUUGGAGGUUUUGACAUGCCGUCCCUUAUGACUGAACAAUUCAAGGUCACAGAGCAGGAGAUAUCGACUAAGAGUGAUUUGGUUGCUGCUUACAACGGGGACAGCGAGCCAGAGGAGGGCGGCUCAUGCAGAGCAGCGGACGAGGAGGGAAAAAUAACAGACUGGAAGAAGAUGGUUUGCCUGCUUUGUCGACGACAGUUCCCCACCAAAGAGGCUCUGCUGCGUCACCAGCAGCUCUCUGACCUCCACAAGCAAAACCUGGAAAUUCAGCGAAGAUCAAGGCUGUCAGAGGCUGAGCUGGAGGAGCUGGAGAGGAAGGAGACUGAGCUGAAAUACAGAGACAGAGCCGCAGAAAGACGGGAGAAGUAUGGCGUCCCUGAACCUCCUGCACCGAAGAAGAAAUUCUACCAACCACCAGCUCCAACAGUAAACUACGAACAGCCCACCAAAGACGGCCUAACAAGUGAUAAUAUUGGGAACAAAAUGCUGCAGGCGAUGGGCUGGCAGGAGGGAAAAGGUCUGGGGCGCCACCAACAAGGCAUCACCGCUCCCAUCUCGGCUUCGUUGAGGACCAAAGGCACCGGCUUGGGAAUUAAAGGAAGCUCAUAUGAACUCUCAGCAUCUGACACGUACAAGGACGCUGUUCGUAAGGCCAUGUUUGCACGCUUCACUGAGAUAGAGUGAACUGAAGACGGGAAGUUAAACACUGAUGAACUGUGAAAUCAUAAUUUUGUGGCCAAGACCUUUGCACAAAUUUCUAUACUGUCCAUGUAAAUAAAUAGGUUUUCUUUGUGUAUAUGUACAUAUAUAUAUAUGUGUGUACACUUAGAUAUUUUGUCGGCCAAAAUAUGUUUUGAGUGUUCAGUCAUUGAACAUGUACAUUAUGUAUAGUGUUGGUACAUACAGUAAAUCUGUGUUGUCCUGUUGAAUCAAUGUUGUGAUUAAACUUUCCUUUUAUGCUCCCUAA